AUGUCAUCAACCACACCGGAUAUCUCUUCUAUAUCAGUUCAGUCGACAAUAGAUUCUUUUACUAGUCGAAUUGUGUCAGAUGAUGGUAAUGAUUCAAUGAAUGAAGCUUUAGAUGCCACUAAUGGUAACACAGAUAAAACACCAGUCAUUGAUGCCAAUGAUAGAGAAUGUGAUAAUGCUGACCCUGAAGAGCGUGAAGAAAGUAGUGAGAAAAAGAGGCAAAAGACAUUUGCUGUUUGGUUAGAAUUCAAAGAAGUCACUCUUUCUGAUGGUUCCAAAAAAAGGAGAAUACUACCUACUCUCACAUAUGGCAAGUUUGAUAUGGUAAAGAUGAGAGAAGCAGCUGCACAUUGGAUACUUAUGCACGAGCAUCCUUUUUCGAUUAUAGAAGAGGAAGGUUUUAACAUGAUGCAAAAACGUGGGAUGCCUGAAUUGGAAAAGGUAUCACAUAAUACUAUUAAAAAAGAUUGCAUGCAAGUUUAUGAAGCAGAAAAGAAGAAAUUAAAGGCAUUGUUGAAGAUUGUCAGCAAGAUUAGUUUGACAACAGAUUUGUGA